AUGGAGGUUGAGAUAGUAUCCAGAGAGUGCAUCAAACCUUCUGCAACAACUCAUCAUCCCGAAACCCACAAAAUCUCUCUGCUUGAUCAACUCGUCCCCUCUACAUACUUUCCCAUAAUUCUCUUUUACCCACCAAACCAAUCCUCCAUCUCUGAAACAUCACAAGUGUUGAAACAAUCUCUGUCAAAGAUACUAACUCUUUACUAUCCUCUCGCCGGAAAGGCCAAGGAUGAUCUUUCAGUUGAUUGCAAUGAUGAAGGCGUUUGUUAUAUCAACGCCAGAAUCAAUUGCAAUUUAUCCGACUAUCUCAAACACCCCACUAUCGAAGCAUUCCCCAAGUUUUUGCCAGACGAGAUCAUUUACAGAGAAAUAACUCCUGGAGCUCAUGUUUUCAUGAUUCAAGAAACUCUGUUUUCUUGUGGUGGCAUUGCUAUUGGUGUUCUAGCUUCCCACAAGCUUUUUGAUGCAGCUGCGCUGUGUGCAUUCAUGCGACGUUGGGCUACUAUUGCUCGAGAUUCAAUUGAAGGAGCUCCGUCUCCGGAUUUUAGUGCCUCAUCAAUUUUUCCCCAAAACAAUCAAUACCCACAAGAUCUAACCACUUCAGCUUUGUCAAGUCUCUUGAUUACAAAUACCAUGUCUGUGACAAAGAGGUUUGUGUUUGAUGGAUCAGUCUUGAGCAAUCUCAAAGCCAAAGCAGCAAGCUCAACUGUACCCAACCCGACUCGCACAGAAGUUGCCUCUGCAUUUCUUUUCAAACGCAUAAUGUCUUCAUUGAAGGUAAAAUCAGGUACCCAGAAACCAGCUUUGGUGACAAACACAGUGAAUUUGCGACGAAGGGCUGUCCCACAAUUCCCAGAAACUUAUGCGGGGAAUUUUGUGAUUCUAGCAGCCAUGAUAUCAGAAUCAGAGGGUGAGAAAACAGAGUUGAGCGAUUUCGUCCGUCGGAUGAGGGAAGGUGUUUUGGCAAUUAACGGUGACCUUGUGAAGAGUUUUGAAGCCGAUGAAGGAUUGGGGAAUGUUUGUGCGGCCAUGAAAGGGAUUCGUGAAUUAUUUUUGAAGUCUGUAUCGGAGGGAAUGGAACAACUUGUGAUUAAUAGCUGGUGCAACCUUGGGCUUUACGAAGUCGACUAUGGAUGGGGAAAGCCUUUAUGGAUUCCGUUUGCGGGUAUGGCCCAACCGGUGCCUGCACAUAUGAUCCAUUUUAUGGACGCAAGAGAGAACAAUGGAGUGGAAGCAUGGGUCACACUGAAUGAACAAGCGAUGGCUCUGUUAGAACAUGAUGAGGAACUACUUUCUUUAGCCUCGCUUAAUCCGAGUGCUCUAUAA